AUGAGGGGCCGGGCCGGGCCGGGCCGUCGCCUUCCCCUGAGGGUCGUUGGCACUUUCGACGUGGCGGUGGUGGGAGCGGGAAUCGUGGGGCUGGCCUCUGCCCGGGAGCUCGUCCGGCGGCACCCCUCGCUCACCUUCGCCGUGCUGGAGAAGGAGAAGGAGCUAGCUCAUCACCAGAGUGGACAUAACAGUGGUGUGAUUCACAGCGGAAUUUACUACACACCUGGAUCUCUGAAAGCUAAGCUGUGUGUGCAGGGUGCAGCCCUCUGCUACGAGUACUGUGACCAGAAGGGAAUACCAUAUAAACAGUGUGGGAAGCUAAUUGUAGCCGUUGAACAAGAUGAAAUUCCAAGACUCAAAGCUCUGUAUGAAAGAGGGCUGCAGAACAACGUCCGAGGUCUGAAACUGAUUGGAGCAAAAGAAAUUCAAGCAAAAGAACCCUUCUGCAGGGGUCUGAUGGCCCUCGAUUCUCCAUAUACUGGCAUUGUGAAUUAUAAACAAGUGGCCCAGUCCUAUGCUGAAGACUUCCAGGAAGCAGGUGGGACGAUCUUGACUGAUUUUGAAGUUACAAACAUGGAGAUGGCUAAAGAAAGUUCUUCAGAAAGUGAAGAUGGACUAAAAUACCCAGUCAUUGUUAGGAACUCAAAGGGUGAGGAAAUCUACUGUCGGCACAUUGUGACCUGUGCAGGACUUUACUCAGACCGCCUGUCUGAGAUCAGUGGCUGCAGCCCUGAACCUCGCAUUGUACCCUUCCGUGGAGAUUAUUUGGUGCUAAAACCAGAAAAGUGCUAUAUGGUUAAAGGAAAUAUUUAUCCGGUUCCCAAUCCUCGGUUCCCUUUUCUGGGAUUUCAUUUCACGCCAAGAAUGGAUGGCAGUGUUUGGCUUGGUCCUAAUGCAGUACUAGCCUUUAAGCGAGAGGGCUACAAAUUGUUUGACUUCAGCACUGGAGACUUUUUAGAUGCUGUAAUGUACAGUGGGUUAUGGAAGCUUGUGCUGAGAAACUUGUCUUACGGGCUGAGUGAAAUAUACAGAGCCUGUUUCCUUAGCGCACAGGUGAAGCAACUUCAGAAGUUCAUCCCUGAGGUCACCAUCAAUGAUGUACUGAGGGGUCCAUCUGGAGUGAGAGCUCAAGCAUUGGACAGUGAUGGAAAUUUGGUAGAUGACUUUGUAUUUGAUGGAGGCAGUGGAGAUAUUGGAAGCAGAAUUCUUCACGUCAGAAAUGCCCCUUCUCCUGCUGCUACCUCCUCCCUUGCCAUCGCAAAAAUGAUUGCAGAUGAAGUGAAGCAAAGAUUUGAAUUGUGAAUGAUUGACAGGCAUAGUGUGGUUUUACCCCUCUUGUACGUGUAGCAGCUUGUCUGAGUUGAGUGAACUCUGCAGCCUUUAAUGACAAAGAUAAAACAGGCAACAUGUUGCUUGCAAGACCAGCGUUGGUAUAGCUGUGCAGUGCAAAACCAGCAUUUGAAAUGUUUGCCUUUGCCAGCCCACAACUUCUCAGCUUCACGAAUAAAGGAGUUAAGGUGCCUGGUAAGACCUGGUGCAGUACAGCCAUCUGCAAGAAAGAAGCAAACAGCCUUGUUUGCAGUGAAGGUUUGUCCACCUGAGCAGGAACAGCCUGUGGAAGGGCUGGUGCCAGGCACAACGUGAGGGUCUCCCAGGACCAUCGUGGGCCUUUAGGUGGAGCAGGAAGAGCCUCUGUGGUGGGGUUGCCCACACGGACUUCCCAUGCCUUUGGUCUAAAUGUUGCCUCCUCCUUGCACUCUGGAGAGGUGGUCGGUCCUCUGAAAAACCACAAGCAUGGGGUGGUUCUCUGUGUGCUUUCUCUCUGACUCGCUUUAAAUGAGAGUCUACAGUCCCCUAGCUUACAUUGAAGUAAUGGAGAUGGAAGGGUAAGCCCUGCUUAAGGGUUCUGCCGAUAUGGAAUUAAGGGCUUUAUCAGAGACUGAAAACAAUAUUCAGAGGCUUUUACAUGAAUGUAGAGUAUUUCAGAGAAAAUUAAGGCUAACAAGGGAUUACCAAAUCCAAGUCAAUUUAGAUAUGCGAUUCAGAUACGCUGUCUAUCUGAUCGCUGUCUCUAUUUUUUUAUA